UAUCUGUUUUUCGUUAACACUCCCCUAACAGUAAGUAAGUUGGUCCACCUCUCUUCUCUAAAAAAAUACUUCUAAACCCUUAUACAUAAACUAAAAAUGAAGACACUUAAUUUGCACCUUAUCAACAGUUCAACAGUAUACUCCAUUGCCUAUUUUGGCAAAAUGUUGUCUGGAGAAAAGGUAUCGAGUGAAGAUUCUUCUUCUUUACUUGUUACUCAUACUUUGAGAAACAAUCCAAUGUGUACUUGUGGGUCACCCGCUUCACUUAGAACAUCGAAUACGCCACGAAAUCCAGGUCGAUCAUUCUUUGGGUGUUCAAAGUACAAUUCUCAGGGGUUACCACACUGCAACUAUUUCAAAUGGGCAGAUAGCGAUAGCUGCCAUGAAAAAGAAAAAGAAAUUGAGAUGUUAAGGAAGGAGGAAAAACUUCAGAAAACACAGUUAGAGGUUCAACAACAUAUUAAAGAGGUUCGAAGAAGAGAGGAAGAGGUUCAAAGAAGAGAGGAAGAGGUUCGAAGAAGAGAGGAAGAGGUUCGAAGUUGGAUGGAAGAGAUUCAAAAUUGGAUGGAAGAGAUUCGAAAAAGAGAGGGCGAACUUUUCAAGAGGGACUUGGGAGUCCAGCGUCAAUGCCCAAGUGUUUGGCUCUAUUGUAUAAUUUGUAUCCUACUUUAUUUGUACUUCUCACGAUCGUAGUGAAUACCCAAUAAUCUGGGCAACUUCGUGUAUAAAGUUGAUCACUUGUGAUAAUAUGUGCUUUAGAGUA